AUGCUUGACUGGCUCAACGUUGACGCCAUCCUCUUUGACGUGUGCACAAAGGCCGACUUGCUCCGCCUCAACCUCUCCGCAGCUGAGCGGCGUUAUGUGAGCCUGCUCGAUAAGAAAUCCAGCGGCCUAGGCAAGCUCGCCCUCGUGCACACCAAGCGCAACAUCUUCAUGCACGCCCUCAGCCUGGAGACCGAGCGCCUCUUGUUCUUUGAAGAUGACGUUCGCAUUGAGGCAGCCAGUCCCCUCUCCAUUGUGGAGCAGAUUGUUCACCUAUGGCAUUCGCUACCACCGCGCUGGAACUAUCUCAACCUGGGCCGCUGCUUGUCUUACUGCAACAAACAGCGCUCAUUGGGCAGCGGCUUGGUUCAAGACCUCAUCAAUCUGUGCACCCACAGCAUCGUUCUCGACCGGACGGCCAUGUCCAGCUUGUUGCAAGUGUUUGCGAAUUACCUCUUACCCAUGGGCGACGAUCUGCUUCUGGCGCACUUGACCUCUCGAGGCGCUCUCAUCAACAUCGCUAGCGAUCGGCCAGUGUUUGACCAGGACCGCUUGCACAUCACAAGCACACUUCACCUUAAUGGCUCCCCGGAAGCGCAUCUGGCACCUGAUACUUGUGCCAACCUGCCGCUGCAGCAAAUCUUUGCCCGAAACUACCACCUCCUUCACGAGCACUUUGAGCUCGCCGAUCCCACCGCCACCAGGCAGACCGUUCCCUCUCUGGAAAACAUUUUCCGCCCCCUCAUGUCAGAGGACAUUGUUUGGUAG